GCUUAAUCCUAGGCAUAAACUUAAAUGUGCCAUCCUUGAUGGCUUAAAAGAGGAGAUCAUAAAGUUUAAAAUAUACCCUAAUGCCUCUGACUUUGCUGAUGUCGCCUCAGCCCUUGUAAAAGCCCAUCCUUGUUUAAGAGAGCCAGGGUCAGCCAGUGGUUAUGAUGGAUGGAAGGUGAGCCUACAGUGGAAGCUUGGAAACUUCAGGAGACAACUUCGGGAGCUUGAAAUUCCAGAGGUUACUGUCAAUGCCCUCAAAAACAAACCUGAUGGCAAAUGCAGUCCUGCCUACAGAGUUAAAAAACCAAGACGGGCUGAAGUCAAUUACUGCCCCAAUUACCCAUCAGGUGAAACAACGGAGACACUGGAGCAGAUGAGAGUGCUUCUGCUUGCAGAAGUGAAUAAAAGACACAAUGAGGAGAAUGUAAAAAAAAUGAUGGACAAGACUUUUGCUCUGAGAAGAUGGGAGAUUCUUCAAGACUGUCCUAUGGUUGCGGAUUUUAAAUUGAGGUGGCCAGCUCUAUUUCAAGUGAAUGAGGUGGAAGCGGAGUUCAAACGAAUAACCACAGUCCAUCUGCAGUCCCAAUUCUUUUCGAGGCUGGACUUGCUUGCCGACAGCCUGAUGAGGCUGUAUGCUAAGAAAGGUGGUGUUGCCGGAAGAAAAAUAAGAUCCAUUAUGGCACGCAUGACCCAAAAUGAGACCAUUAACAUCAAACGUGAAUGUGUCCUCCGUGGUCUUUGUGUUUACUUGAACGAGGAUCCAGAACACCUUGUGAAAGAAUACAAGGCUACUGGUGAAGAAGACUUUCCAGGGGAGAUGGCAGAAAUGGCCAUGGCCAUUUUUGUCAUUACACACGAGGGUGCAGAGCCCAGAGAUAACCCAGAGAACAUUGGAAUCUUCAUGGAGGGGGUGGAGGUCCUUAGUGAGUUGAGCAGUGUGCCUUUAGCAGUAGCCAUGUUGCUGGGUCUCACAUAUACACUUAACCUGAGCUACAUAUCAGAGCACAGAUACACCUUUGAAGCUCUUCAAAAGGUUGUUAUGCAAACAGAUGACAAAAAACUAUCAACAAAAGUGCAGACACUAAAAAACAAGCUUUCCUGGCAAUCACAUUAGUGAUAGGCAUACUGAAACACUAUGGCAAUGACCAUGUAAUUUCUCUGUUUUAUUUUCGGCAUCAUUCUCAGUUUAGCUCAAAUAUGGGGGGGGGGUGAAUUUUAUUUUUUCUUUUUGCACUUUUUAAAUUUGUAAAAUUUUGGAAUGUUGAUGUGUAAGAGGGACACUUUACCAAUAUGUGCAUUUAUUCUGUGAAAUGUUAAAGGACGUGCAAUGCACUUUGUUUAAUUUAAUGUGAAGCAGAUUGACAUUUAGUUUUGCUUUAAAAUGUUUCAAAUUCCAUGUUUACAGGUAAUAUUUUCCACUUAAAUGACAAAGAAUCUGUCAUUGGGUUUAUACUUGCAUGUUUAUUGAGUGAACCACUUAUGCCUUAUGACACUGUGCACUUGUGCUACUUGUGUGCGAUGUAACCUACCUCAUUCUGCUGUGGACAGAAGCACUUUUCAAGUGUGUCCAUUUAUUCUGUGAUUUUUGAAAAUACAAGUUUUCUGCAGCAAACACUGGUUGUCAUGUGCUUUCCUAACUUAGACCAAGUAGGUUGUAAAUGUUUCAGUUAAGU